UGGAGGGAUGAUGGAUGAAGAGAUGAUGAUGAAGAUAUGAUGGAUGGAGGGAUAAUGGAUGAAAAGAUAAUGGCUGAAGAGAUGAUGGAUGGAGGGAUGAUGGAUGAAGAGAUGAUGGAUGAAGAGAUGAUGGAUGGAGGGAUGAUGGAUGAAGAGAUGAUGGAUGGAGAGAUGAUGGAUGGAGGGAUGGACGGUGGAAGGAGAAAGAGACAAUCACCGUCGGGGGGAGACGACGUCAUCUCGGCCGGAACAGGGAAGGGCUCACCUACACACACACACGCACGCACGCACGCACACACGCGUGCACGCCCAGACGCACACACGCGCAGCGAUUGUUUUGUCACCGCCUUGCAUUUAUUGAACACGGCAGUUCAGUUUUUGAUCGUCUCUGCGCCUUUUAACGCGAUUCAUGGUCGCCUCCUCGGCAGCUUCCGGCGGGAAAUGGAAGACAUGGAAGUCUUCUUGUCGACCAACAUCGGGAGGAUCCUCGGCUUUGCUUUAGUGUUCCUGUGCAUCUCCGUGCUGGCACAGCCUGCAGAUGUUAAGUGCGAGAACGUCUACAAGGACUUCUCUGACUGCGUCCUGGAGCUGGGAGAGAGCAUGGACAACUACAAGGAGAACGUGACCAGUGAGACGGGAGUGGCGGCUGUGUGCAGCCACUGGGAAGCCUUCCACACGUGCGCCCUGACGGCGUUGUCCGACUGCCGGCAGGAGGUGAGCGCCAUCUGGGAGACGCUGAGGCAGGACGCCAGGAAGAUGCACUUCCAGGGGAACUUGUUCAACCUGUGCAGCCCCAGCUCCUCGCCCAACAUCGCCGCACCUGUGGCGGCGCUCACCCUACCCCUCACCGCCAUGCUCCUCACCACCGGGCCCAGGUGGUGCCUCAUGUAGGUGGGCAGGAAGUGUGGCGCCGGGGGGCCAGAGGGGGGUCCAGUCUUCCCGAGCACAUAAAGCCAAGGAGCACACAAAGGUCACAAAUCUCUUUACUAAUCCUGUCUUUUAAAAGCUGUUUUAUCAAGGAAAGAUUCCAAAUAGAGCAAUAGCAUCCCUCUGGUUCACUAUGCUAACAGCUAGUUAGCUUAGCUUUUAUGGCGGUUAUAACCUGUUUUUUUUACACUUUAACUACAUUAAAGUGCUAAGAGAACUAACAUUUGAGAAGAUAAUUGCUACACUUCUUAUGAUGUUAAGCUAGGUUAACUAUCCAGUGUUUGUGUUUUCAACAUGUUUGGUUAAGGAAUUUAGCCACUUUUGAAUGUUGUUUUUACAUUUUUUGUUUCCACACACACACACACACACACACACACACACACACACACACACACACACAGACACACACACACACACACACACACACACACACACACACACACACACACACAAA